AUGGAAGCGCAGCACCCCGAGGUGGAUCCACCGCCACCGCCUCCAGUUGAGCGGAGGGCACCAAAAGCACGAGGGUCGAACCGGGACGAGAGGGAGGAGAAGGUUCGGAUCGUGUAUCCUCGGGAAUGCCCUCACUGUCCCAAAUCGUUUCCCUCGAGUACAAGGUAUCACAAGCAUGUGAGCUUUCACACUGCAGCCAAGAGCUUCAAGUGUGAUCAUCCCGGCUGCAACAAGGCCUACAAGAGGAAAGUAGACCUGGAAGACCACAAGGCUGUUCACCUCGAAGUGAAGCCCUUUCGAUGUACGGUGGAGUCCUGCGACAGGAGCUUUACCACGAAGCAGUCGCUGAUGUCGCACAUCGGGCGUGUGCACAACGGCCUGAGCUGCACUGCCUGCGGGCUCCGCUUCCGCAAGAAGGCGAAGCUGCAGCAGCAUUGGGCCAUUGUGCAUGGGGCCCAUGGAGCCCAUGAGGCCGACGGCUCCGAAGUGGAGCCGGGAAAGUGCCCGGAUUGUGGUAAGACCUUCCAGCACCGCGAGUCCUUGGAGAAGUGCGCCCGGCAGAUGCACAGCAGCCGGUCGGAGCCGGGUCUAAGCCCAUGGCAUCACGAGAUGAAGGACCACGUGAAGGGCCGGGUCAAGGACGGCGACAGCGAUUUUCACAAGAGGAGCGCGAGGGAUUUUUCCGGAACCUGCCAGGAGCUAGUCCUGGGCCGUACCGGGGCCUCUUGGGAAGACAGGUUGCAGGAGCAGAAAGCCAAAAAGGUCCAGGCCAUGAAGAUCAUUGAGUGCCCCGGCUGCAACAGCGUCGGCUUUCAGGGGUACUCCUGGGAUGCCCCGGAGUCGACGCCGCUCGAAUUUCAUUGUCUUCCAUUUUGUGUCCUUUUCUUUGCUUGGCUUUGGGCAUCUCCUCUCAUUCGAUCAAUUGACUUCCAGGACAACGGCACCCAACGAUCGGUUGGAGGAAGUGAGCUGAUUGUCAUGACUGCAGAUCUGCCAGCGACAAAGAAGGAGCAGCGGGAAACGAUCAAAGCGGCCACCGACAAGGGCAUCGAGAAGCAACAGGUCUAUUCCCCGCUGCUGGCCCUCCGCUCGGCGCCUUUGCUCUCGACCUCUGAGAAGCAGGCGCAGCGCUUGGACGAGCGAAGGAGGGACAUGGAGAACAAGAUGCGAAGCUACCACAUCCAAAAGAGCAAGAUUCUGGAGAAGAUGCGCACCAGGGACCCACUUUUCAAGGUGGAGGAUGUCUCCGCGGCGAAGGCUGCGCUGGCCGAAGCCAGGCGGAAGAAGCAGGCGGAGCUGCAAGCGGAAGAGAAGAAGCGAUGGGAGCACCUGGAAGAGUGUGCUGCCAAAGGAUGCCACAAAAGGCAGACUCUGCAGCUUGGCGAAGUCAAUGUUCUCCGAUGGUUCUUGCUCGAUGAUGUCUUGUACGACUUGCACAACAGCCCCUCCUUCGACGAGCGUCUUGCGAAAGCGGUCGAGCAAAAGACCAAGGAACUCAAAGACUUGGAAAAGGCGCAGAAGGACCGAAUCAGGGAGGCCGUCGAGGCUGGCCACAACAAGUCUGCCGCGGUGUCCCCACUGUCGGCCUGUCUGCGGAAUCCACCGGACAACAUGGAGAGGCAGCGUGAAAUUCUUGAGGAGCGCAACCGUACAAUGGCAACUGCAGCCAGGGAGUACCUCCGCAAGCGAGACGAGAUGGUGGAGCGGCAGCGGAAGCGGGAGCCGCUCUUCUCCGGUGCUGCCGUGGCAGAUGCCACGUCGCAGCUCGAGGAGAAGGCCAGGAAGCUGAAGCAGGAGAUGGCCGCCGAGCAGCUCAAGAACAGGCAGCACAUCGUCGAGUUGCAAAACAAGGUCCUGGCCAGACCAAUGAUGAUGGAGAUCAAGUACGGAAUUGCUGCCUGA